ACACGAGCUACGUUUCUCUUUCGUUAAUCAAAGAAAAAAGAGAUUUUCCUAGAAACCCGUGGCCCUUCAGAGGGGCGGCAGCUGAUUUCCGUAAUGAUGGGUUUUGGCCUCAGGGGCCUCGGGGGGUCAAAGGUUAAGGAACCGUCAGUACCGUCCCAAAGGCAAACAAAUGUGCAAACAUUGAGUAAAGUCCAGUGUGGAUCACACAGUGGCUGAGCAGAGGGAACAGCCUGAGAGAACUUGGUCCUAACCAACAACACCCCCGACUCGGUGCACCAGGUCUGGGCUGCGACAUCAUGGAUCUUUUCCACAGCUGGGGGGUUGAGCUGGCCGUCCACCUGCAGACCAGAUACAGCAGCUACGGGGGCAUUUUCAACCUGGCGUCCACGGUGGCCGAUCUGCACACCACGUUCUUCUGGUUGUUCCCGGUGUGGUUCCACCUGCGCAGGGACACAGGGCUCAGGCUCAUCUGGGUGGCUGUGAUCGGGGACUGGCUCAAUUUGGUCCUGAAAUGGGUUCUUUUCGGGGAGAGACCCUACUGGUGGGUUCACGAGACCCGGUUCUAUGGAGCAAAUCCGGUUCCUCCUCUGCAGCAGUUCCCCUUCACAUGUGAGACUGGACCAGGAAGUCCAUCAGGUCACGCUAUGGGUGCAGCUGCCGUCUGGUACGUGAUGGUCACAGCGCUCCUCUCUAUGGCCACAGAGCAGCGAUGUAAACCUUUACUGUACAAACUCCUGCAGAUGGGCCUGUGGAUGCUGAUGGGCCUGGUGGAGCUGGUGGUCUGCAUGUCAAGGGUCUACAUGGCCGCACACUUCCCACACCAGGUGAUCUCUGGAGUCAUCACAGGUGUCCUCGUGGCUGAAGUUGUCUCCAAGGAGAAAUGGAUCUACAGCGCCAGCAUGAAGAAGUAUUUCUUCACCACCUUCUUCUUGACCUCCUUCGCUGUCGGCUUCUACCUGCUGCUCAAAGCUCUGGGCGUGGACCUGCUGUGGACCCUGGAGAAAGCCCAGAGGUGGUGCGUCAGGCCCGAGUGGAUCCACAUGGACAGCACGCCCUUCGCCAGCCUCCUGCGGAACAUGGGCACCCUGUUCGGCCUGGGCCUGGGCCUGCACUCGCCGCUCCACAGUGAGAAGAAGAACAGAAGCGCUGCUUCCAAGGCGGGAUGCAUUGUAAUCUCUCUGAUCCUGCUUCAGCUGCUGGAUGGAUGGACAUUCUCCUCAGGAAACCACAUGACUUUCUAUUUCCUGUCUUUCGGAAAGAGCGCUGUUGCACUUUUAAUCCCAACCACUGUGGUGCCGUCGGUUCUGUGCAGGAUUUGCAGAGGAAAGAAAGAAGAGAAGAACUUGUAAUUGAAAUCAAUGAUUAGUUUAGUUUUCUUCUCAUGAAGGACGUUGAGGGGUUUGUUUUGGAUUAUUUCUUGGACUGAAGCUGUUUUUACAAAGAAAGAGGUUUUUCCAUGUUGACCAGAAAAAAAUACUGAGCUCCUCAGCAAACUUUCCGUUCUCUUUCAGCUCAUGUGACGAAUAAACGAUGCGGCUGAAACUAAUCUUAAAAGAGUCAUACUGUUUUUAGUACAAGGUUUUCUCCGAACGUCUAGGAUUGAAACUGAUUCAUUCUCAGGAAGGAACAACCAUUAAAUAUUAACUAACGCAUGCUCCUGUCACUCAGCAGUCCCACAGGGUGACUCUGCCUUUCACCUCCGCCGAGAGCUUUCAGAAGCGACGCGGAGGGUCAAGGGGCAAAGAGUGUUGCAGGCAACACGCGUGAUCCCCUGAGGUUUUAAAAUCCGUACAUUGUUCAGGUGACGUAUCAGGGAAAUUUCAAAUGUGUGGUGCCGACACCGGCAGGACUUACACAACCGACACACAACUGAGAAUUAAUGAAUCCAUUUUCAUCCAAAAUCAAUGAGGUGAUAAAAGUAGAGGAAAGACGAGUUGUGGUGGUCGUCAUCGCACUUUGAAUGGAAACACGGUGACAGCAGACAGGGCCACGGGGAAACUGUUUGAUGACAUAAUAACCGCGGUCGUGUGAGUUUCCCAACCAGCAGAUCCCAAGUCUCCUUUUCAGCCACCGAAACCUUUUCCGGUGCUUAUCUCUUAAGGAUUAAUCUAUAUGGUGCUGCUCUGUGGGUGGGUGAUAGAGACACGGGGGAGGGAGGGAGUCGGUGGGAUCAGACUUUACAAGAACAUUGAGCAACACUCUGCUGUUUACAUUUACGACACCGUGGAUGUUUUUCUCAGGUUUGCAGAUUUUAACCUCUUCACUGUCUCAUCAGGAGAAACAACAACAAAAUCCGCCUCCAUGGUCAGAUGUAGUUCACGUUAGUUAAACAGUGACUCAAUACUGGAAUUACACCCAAAAUACAUUAAAAAAAAAAUAUACCCAAAAUGAAACAUUUUAAAUACGAAACUGAAUAUUUGUUGUUGGGAAAUCAACCCCAACAAAUCAGUAUUGUAUUGUAUACUGCAUAUUUUGUGUAUUUACUCAUCUUAUAACAGAAGUUCCCAGGUUUUUCCUCUUAAAAACUCUGUAUGUACAGUAUUUGACUUAUUGCACCUCGUGACUUAUCUCCCGUCUGAACCUCUCAGGUACUGAAGGUAAAUAAUAGUUUGAGGUUCAAAGUGGUAAAAUAUUACCUUUAAAUGAAUCAAUCUGAGUUGCAUCAUUAUUUUCCCCUUAUCUCCUUUAUUAAUUAUCUCAUAACCCCUCGUGUUUAUCUUGUGACCCUUUGGAGAGCUGAGGUUGGGAACUAUUGUGUCGCAAGUUGAUAAACCAGCAACGUGGAAGUUUCUGUUUGAACACACAUAUUCUACAGGGGCAGGUUUCCUGUGCAGGGUCAAGUACUUCUGAUAUUUGAAGCUCAUUCUGUUGAUAAAGAUUCUGUACGUUUAUCAUUUCGAGUGGCGGGACAGACAGAAGAGUCAAAGAACCUGUUUGUGACAUAACUUGAGAUAACAUUUACGGAUAAACCCGGAAGUCGUACAGCACAAUAAACAGUGUUUUUGAACACGAGCAGUGACAUCUGGAUGUGAAGAGUACUGUAUUUAUGUGAGUGUAUAUACAGAUGGCUGCUGUAAAGGUAAUACACCCUGCCUACUCCACGUUUGUGGAUGGGACAUGGACCAGACAAAGAACAUGCCAAAUAAAUUAUUCCCAAAUGUUUCUGUCAUUUUAUGAGGGUCAGAUCACACCAAUGAAUAUUUGAGGGUUAUUUUUGUCCAGUAAAUUUUGUUUUACUUCAUAAUUAACAGCUGAGACUGACUCACGAUUGGUCGACAGGACUUCCGACUGCGGCAGACUCUGGAUCUGAGAAAUUUCAGCUUGAUUUCUGGAUCGUGGGAGGAAGUGGAGAUGUGUCAGCAAACUUUUCAUAAUCUAUGGUUGUAAUGAGGUAUUUUAAUGUUUGCAGUCACAAAAACUUGUGUAUGAGCAUCUUGACAACAAACCACUAUCUGAUAAUUCAUUAAAAAUGUUUGCAACCACACAAAAUAUUCAACAUCUUUAUCAAAAAAUGUUUUAUUCAAUAGAAUCAAUGACGCGACAGAAGAGAUGCUUUGGUGACUUACAUGAAUUUUCACUGAAAACCAUCAAGUCUGUGAAACCUACAACCUGCUCCAUAAUCAUAUUUGUUAUGACUAUAAUGUGUAAUGUGCAGACAACGUUAGGAGAAAAAAA